UAGAUCCCUCCUCGUUUCUUAAACCCGCUUGUUCGUUCCUCUUUAUCGCAACGACGCUCCUGAGAAGAAAGAAAGAGAAGGCACAGGCAUGGAGGAUUGCAGGCCAUUGGGGUUCUUAAUAGGGUUGCCCUUCGCUGUGCUGGCCUUGGCCUUGUCUCUCGUCGGCGCCGUCGUCUGGAUCAUUGGGACGAUCUUCAGUUGCCUGUGCCCCUGCUGCGCGUGCUUCGCAGGGCUGGCGAAUCUGGCCGUCGGUCUGAUAAAGAUGCCGGUCAAAGUCAUCAGAUGGUUCAUUGAACAGAUUCCUUGUUGAUUUUUCCUGUUUAUAAUCGAUUUCUGUGAGUGUUCUUCAUUUUUUUCUUUUUUGAAUUUUUCCGCUCUUUCUUUUGAUGAUCGAUUAUGGAGGGGAUUAGGGAAACUUUGUCAUGCGAUUUGUUAUAGUUGAUUCGAUUCGAGAUUUUAUGAUGUAAUCAUGAACGCACGCUUGAGUUUGAUUGAUUUUUACUAAUUAUUUGGAUAA